UNUGGUUUCAUUUCAAAGCUUGAAUCUCUUUACUUUGCUUCAGGAAUUCCUUCUUCUUCGCCAAAUGGAUAUUUUACUGCAGAUGCUCCAAGUGCAAGUACUGGACUUCCAAUCAAUGCAACCUUUACCAACAAAAACCAGGGAAUAGGUUUUAGAACGAUUGCAAUCAUUGCCUUGUCAGGUUUUGUGCUCAUUCUGGUUUUGGUUGGAGCUAUAUCUAUAAUCGUGAAAUGGAAGAAAAUUGGGAAGUCAUCUAAUGCUGUUGGCCCAACUUUGGCUUCAUCGAUUAACAAAAGGCCUGGUGCUGGAUCUAUGUUUUCCAGUAGCGCUAGAAGUUCGGGAUCAGAUUCUUUGAUGUCUUCCAUGGCUACAUGUGCUUUAUCCGUUAAGACCUUCACACUCUCUGAGCUUGAGAAGGCAACUGAUAGAUUCAGUGCUAAAAGGGUUUUGGGAGAGGGCGGAUUUGGUCGUGUUUAUCAGGGGAGCAUGGAAGAUGGAACGGAGGUUGCAGUGAAACUGCUAACUAGGGACAACCAGAACCGAGACCGGGAAUUCAUUGCAGAAGUCGAGAUGCUAAGCCGUUUGCACCACCGUAAUCUUGUGAAACUGAUUGGAAUAUGCAUUGAAGGCCGUACACGUUGCUUGAUUUAUGAGCUCGUCCACAAUGGGAGUGUCGAGUCUCACUUGCACGAAGGAACGCUUGAUUGGGAUGCACGAUUGAAGAUUGCACUUGGAGCAGCAAGAGGACUGGCUUAUCUUCAUGAAGACUCAAAUCCCCGAGUAAUCCACCGUGAUUUCAAGGCUAGCAAUGUUCUCCUAGAACAUGACUUUACCCCAAAAGUCUCUGACUUUGGACUGGCGAGAGAAGCAACCGAAGGAAGUCAACAUAUUUCAACUCGAGUCAUGGGGACCUUUGGGUACGUGGCUCCUGAGUAUGCAAUGACAGGGCAUCUCCUUGUUAAAAGCGAUGUCUAUAGUUACGGUGUGGUUUUACUCGAGCUUCUCACUGGUAGAAGACCGGUAGACAUGUCUCAACCUUCAGGAGAAGAAAACCUUGUGACAUGGGCGAGACCCUUACUAGCCAACAGAGAAGGUCUUGAGCAACUGGUGGACCCUGCAUUGGCUGGAACCUACAACUUUGAUGACAUGGCGAAAGUGGCUGCGAUUGCCUCCAUGUGCGUCCACCAAGAGGUCUCACACAGACCAUUUAUGGGUGAAGUUGUGCAGGCAUUGAAACUUAUAUACAACGAUGCAGAUGAGACAUGUGGUGACUAUUGCAGCCAAAAGGACUCAUCAGUUCCAGACUCUGCUGACUUCAAAGGCGAUCUGGCUCCAUCGGAUAGCAGCUGGUGGAAUUUGACACCUCGGUUAAGGUAUGGUCAAGCUUCGUCGUUCAUAACCAUGGAAUAUAGCUCAGGACCGCUAGAAGACAUGGAGAACCGGCCUCACUCUGCCUCUAGCAUUCCAAGAGAAGGAGGGCUUUUUCUACCAAACAGAUCGGGUCCGUUACGGCCCAUGCGUAGUAGAAGAAACUUCUUUAGAUUGAGAGGAAGCAUGAGCGAACACGGUGGACCAUCGUCGUCUAGACAUCUCUGGUCCGGCAAUGGCGACUGGCUCUGAGAAACCAGAAAAUGUGAUGUACAGUGAAGAAAAUGAAAAAAAAAAAAAAAAAAAGAGGGUAAAAAAAGGCUCACAAACUCUUGAGCUGCACGGUUAGGUUCUGGUUAAUCCGGUUUGGUUCGAUUGAUGAGGGUAAAGACUUACCGGUUUGAUUGAUUUUAGGAGCUUUAUUUUUGGUUUUGUUUUCGUCAAAUAGAGUAAUUGUUUGUUUUUGCGAGGAUGCAAAAGCACAGGGAGGAUUGUAUUCUAAAAGACGUCUGUAUUUAGUUAUCUCUUCUUUCUACCCCACAAAAACAUUUUUAUUUUAGUGUUCUACUAUUUUUUUA